CAUUGAUAUACGGAGGAGAGAGAGAUGAGUUCCCAGGCGAAACAAAAAACACCGAACCCGAACCCAUGCACCCCUCAUGCGGUGUGCAUGCCAUACCCAGCACAAGGCCACAUCAACCCAAUGCUAAAACUAGCAAAGCUACUCCACCACAAGGGCUUCCACAUCACCUUCGUCAACACCGAAUUCAACCACCGCCGCCUCCUCAAAUCCCAGGGCCCCCACUCCCUCUCCGGCACCGCCUCCUUCCGCUUCGAAACCAUCCCCGACGGCCUCCCUCCGUCCGAGGCCGACGCCACUCAGGACAUCCCGGCACUCUGUCACUCCAUUAUGCACAACUUUAUUGAUCCCUUCAGAGUCUUACUCGACAAACUCAACGACGAGGCUGCUGCAUCGUCGGAGGUAACUCCGGUGACAUGCGUAGUUUCUGAUGGGGCAAUGGGCUGCUUUACUCUGAAAGUGGCUGAAGAAAUGGGCAUACCUGCUGUUAUUUUCUUCCCUACUAGUGCUACUGGCUUAAUGGGCCAUGUUGCAUUUCCCAAACUCAUGGAAAAGGGUCUUGCUCCACUCAAAGAUGAAAGUUAUUUAACCAACGGUUACCUAGACACUGUGAUAGACUGGAUACCAGGCAUGAAUGGCAUACGAUUAAAGGAUCUCCCAAGCUUCAUUCGAGCCACUGAACUGAAUGUCAUGAUUCAUUUCGUUUUGGAAGCAAUUGACAAAGCCCACGAAGCUUCGGCCAUCAUUUUCAAUACCUUCGACGCUUUAGAACAUGACGUUUUAGAAGCACUGUCAACAAUGUACCCACCCAUAUACCCCAUUGGCCCUUUUCAGCUUCUCCUCGACCAAUUCCCACAAAAUCACUUGAAUUCCAUUGGAUCAAGCCUAUGGAAAGAAGAAACUGAGUGCCUUUCAUGGCUUGACUCGAAACAACCCAAUUCAGUUAUUUACGUCAACUUUGGUAGCAUCACUGUUAUGACAUACCUACAAUUGAUUGAAUUCGCCUGGGGACUCGCUAAUAGCAACCAAACAUUCUUAUGGGUCAUUAGGCCUGAUCUGGUUGUUGGUGACUCAGUGAUUCUUCCACCGGAUUUUGUGAGUGAGACCAAAGAAAGGAGUCUAUUAGCAAGUUGGUGCCCUCAAGAACAAGUCCUCAAUCACCCAUCAGUUGGAGGUUUCUUGACACACUGUGGAUGGAAUUCGACUCUUGAAAGUAUUUGUAGUGGGGUCCCUAUGUUGUGUUGGCCAUUUUUUGCCGAGCAACAGACAAAUUGUUGGUCAUGUUGCAGCCAAUGGGGUGUAGGGAUGGAGAUAAAUAGUGAUGUUAAGAGAGAGGAAGUUGAGAGAAUGGUGAGAGAAGAGUUGAUGGCUGGAGAGAGGGGGAAAGAGAUGAGGAGAAAGGUCAUGGAGUGGAAGAAGUUGGGUGAAGAGGCCACAGCUUGUUCUGUUGGGUCAUCUUACUUGAAUUUUGAGAAAUUGGUCGGGGGUGUGCUCAUGUCUAUUGGUUCAAACCAAAGUAGUUAGUGUGUGUGCCAAUUUUCAUCUUCCAGGCAAUUUUCGAAAUAAGUAGUUUCUUUUUAUUUUGAUUUUUUAUUUAUUGUUUGCAAUAAUCAUGUGCAAGUAUGUCAAUGCGGGGGGGUUUGGGGAAGGGCUUGUACUUUGUUUCGA